AUGGCUGCUGUAGUUCAAAAUCAAUUACGUAAAGUUGAAGAAAAACUUAAGCCAUUUUUAUAUGAAGGUCCUUUUAAUUCAAUUGGGGGUCUUAUUGAACAAAAGACAAAAGUUAAACGUGAACAAGUAGCAUUAGGUUUACUUGCAUUUCUUGCUAUUUAUUUAUCAUUUGGUUGGGCAAAUGAUUUUAUCUGUAAUCUUAUCGGAUUUAUCUAUCCGGCUUAUGCUUCAGUUUUAGCUGUUGAGUCUAAAAUGACACAUGAUGAUACAGAAUGGUUAAUCUACUGGGUUGUCUAUGCUGUAUUUGGUAUUAUUGAAUACGUAGGAUAUAAUUUCUUUCAUAGUUUACCAUUUUAUUGGUUUGGUAAAUGCGUUUUUCUUAUAUGGCUAAUGGCUCCAGGACCAAAAAGUGGUUCUCAAGUUUUAUAUAGUCGUUUUAUUCGUCCAUUUGUAGCUAAACAUCAAUCUACCAUUGAUAAACACAUUUCAAAUGGUAAUGCAAAACAUACCCAUUUUUUUAUUUCAUAA